AUGCGCUUUGUGACGAGCUCAGACUCGAUCAUGAAAGCUCGUAUUGAGGAUGGCGUCGUGUAUUCACCGCACCCGUCUAUUGAUAUCCCCCUGUGCUCAUUCUGCUGUCUUACCAGGGAAAGGUUGCUGGUGAACCCCGACAAGACUGCGCUGGUUGAUGACGCUACGAGCUUGACUCGUGUCGAGGUACUAUCUCGGAUGCAACGCUACGCUGUGGGUUUUCGGCAGAAUGGCGUCGUUCCGGGGGACAGGAUCUGCAUUUACCUUAAAAACUCCAUAGAUAAUCUAUUAGCUGCGUAUGGAUGCAUCAUGGCAGGAGCAACAGUGGUCUUGGCCAAGACAUCACUUACAGAAAGUGAACUUCGCUACGAGGCAGAGGACAGCGACAGCACGCAUGUUCUGACUGAUGUGGAGCUUACGGAAAAAGUUUCAAGAGCCGUGCAGUCAUUGCCUCUCAAGGGCCUUUUCUGCAUGGGACACGCUGCCGGCUUCGUGUCAGCAGCUGAAUUCGCAAAGCUGGACGAAAAGGAGUACCAAGAGCUACCUGUUCCGGACCCGAAAAACACAGUCCUUGCAGUGGCCUACACGUCAGGCACCACAGGCUUGCCCAAGGGCACUGAGCUGACCCAUUACAACUUCGUCGCCUGUGUCUAUUCAACGACGUUGCGCUUUCAUGGAACAGGAGGAGGGGGAGGAGGAAGGAGACGGAAGGACAGGGGGGUCAUAAACUUCGUCACGGGUAAGAAGCUUGGCCCACACGAGAUAGGUGAGAUCCGCUUUCAGAUAGACGGCAUGGCUAGGGGCUACUACAAGCGACCGAAAGAAAGUGCCGAACUUUUCGAUGAAGAAGGCUGGUGCAAGUCAGGUGAUGCUGGUUACUACGACGAAGAUGGUCGUCUGUACAUCGUGGAAAGGCUGAAGCAACUCAUCAAGUGUAGGGAUAAUCAGGUGGUUCCUGCAGAACUGGAAGAGCUCCUACUUCGAGAACAUUCGACCGACAUCGCCGAAAUAUCCAUUGUUGGCCUUCCGCAUUCCGAAUAUGGAGAAGCUCCUGCAGCAGCUGUUGUGCUUACGCGAGAAGGGCGCAACAAAGAUCUCAAGCUUCUUGCGGGGAGCAUCAAGGCUACCGUGCAAAGUCAUCUCGCCACGCACAAGCAUCUCCAUGGUGGUGUCAUCUUUCUGGAAUCCCUGCCAAAGACGGAUACUGGAAAAGUCAACAAACCCAAAGUGGUGCGCUUAAUCACGCAAGAGCAAACGCUGUUGAUCUGA